GUGUUCAAACACGAUUUGACUCAGAGUACUCGGAGUAGAAAAGAAACCGCCAGUCGCAACUCGACGCCCGUAACGUACGGUAUGAAAAAUCAUUCACAGAUACAAGAUAAAUUAAUUUUAAUUUAAUAAUAAUAUUAAUUCAACUAAUAUAAUUUGCAAAGAAAAAAAAAAACCACAGAAAAUUGGUUUUUCUUUGCAGAUUUUUCCAGUAAUUUUUUUAUAGAAAUUUAAAAACUUUGACGUAAGGUCAAAAAGAAAAAAAAUAUUUCGAAACUACUUGUCAAUUUUACAGGAUAAAUUUUGACAAUUUAUAUGAAUUUUCUACAGCUUGAUAGUCAGUGAUAUAAAAUAUUUUUUUUUUCAUUUUGGAGUGAAAAAAGAACAAAAGUGCAAGGUGUUUUUUUUUUCUUUUUUUUUUCUCCAGUUUGUUUAUUCGUGAAGGGUAGUGAACGUGAAAGUGAAAAACCGAAUCGAAUCACAUUGAAUUUAGCCUGGAAAUAGUCCCCUGGAGUUUGAGUAAAAGUUUUUUUUUUUUUUAUUUCGAUUUUAAAAAGAAAAACCCAUAUAUAUUAUAUCAGACAAAGAAAAUUUUUUAAUUUAUUUAUUUUUGAAAAUUCUUGGAAGUUGAAUAUAAAUUUAAAAAAAGAAAAAAAAAAAAAUUAAUUAUAAAUUACUUGUUAAUAAAGAGUGUAUUUAAAUUAUUCUGAUGAAUAAAAUUAUCGAAAUGUUAUCAAAGGCACUGUGCCAGACAGGCAAAAUUGAGAGGUGAAUAAAUUAAUUUAAAAAUUUUUGAUAAUGUUUUUUGGAGUAAAAUAAACUUGAGAUUAAAAAAAUAAAUAAAAUAAACAAUAAAUAAUAUAUUAACAUUAUAUAUGAUAUAAUUUGAUGAAUUUUAAUUGUGGAAUAUUUAUAUGAAAUAAAUGUUGUGAUACUGAUGUGUUUGUGUAUUUAUUUGUAGCACAUUGUAUUGGGCGAUUAUUAAUCGCAUUGUCACGAUCAUUAUUAUUUAUAACAUGCUGUUUAAAUACACUCCAUGAAUUUGUAAAUAAUUCAUCAAAAUAAAAAAUUUAAAUGAAAUAAAGUGUCAGUGAUAUAUAUAUUUUUUUUUUUGUAAUUUUUUUGUGAUUGUGAUGAUGAUUUUAAAUGCAAAUUAAAUAAUAAAAUAAUAAUUAUUUAUUAUUAUAAAUUAAACAAGGUUUUUCAAUUUUCGCAAUGUGAUAGACCUAACAGUGUUUUUUUGUAUGUUUAUAUUUACAACAAAAUAUAAAUAAAAAUUUAAAAAACAACUGGAAUAUAUUUCUACUUCUGUGGCUCUUCAAUGAAAAUUUAAUUUACUCAUCACGACAUUUAAAACGGAAGUCCGUCAAUAUCACGAAAAAUAAUCAGAAGCCAAAUGAAGAGUUAAAAUUAAAGGUCACGUGUAAUCUCAAUUAAGAAGAAAAAAUAAAUAAAUAAAAAUAAACAUUUAAAAAAAAAAAAAAAACAACGUAAAAAUGAAGAUUAUUAGACAAAUAUAUUUAUUGAUAAUAAUUUGUAUGUUAAUUUGUUCAUCAAAAUCAGCGUCAUUAAAACAAUCACCUGAAGAUGAUAAAACUGAUCAAAAAAAUAAAUUUUCUGAUAAUUCAAAUGAUCCAGGAUUUGAUAUAUUAAAUGGUGAUGUUAAUGAUGAUAAUAAUCCACCAGGUGAAAGACGUCGUGUUACUAAAACUGUAUUUAUUGCACCAGAUUUACCAGAUUGUUCACCAGGCUAUAGUGAAGAUGAUAAACAACGUUGUAAUAAAGUUAACAAAGAAUUAGUUAUCAAUGAAACAGCAUAUAUAUUAUUUUUAUCUGAAAAAUUAGAUAAUGUUUUAUUUCCAAGUGAUCCAAGUGAUCCAAGUCAACCAACAACGACAAAAAAUGAAAGUCAAACUAUUGAAAUAACAGUUAUUGAAGAUCCAUUUAAAUUAAAUUUACCACUUGAUAUUGAUAAUAACAAAACAGCUAAUAAUAAUAGUACAGAAACCAUUGUUAUUGUAUCAUCAACAUCAGUAGAAUUAUCAUCAGAACAACCAUCAACAUUAUUACCAGAAACAACCAGCAAUAAUUACCAUGAUGAUGAUAGAAAAAUUGAAGAAAAUAAUACAUCAAAUACAUCAUCAAUAAUAAUUAAUAAACCAAAUAAUAAUACAGUCAUUAUAAAUAAUAAAAAUGAAGAUAAAUUAUUUAAUGACUCUGAUACCAAAUUGGCUGAUGUCAAAAAUAAAAGUACUACAACAGAAUUACCUGUAAUUGAAUAUAUUGAUGAAACAAAUAAUUUUAGUUAUUCUGAUCUUGUUAAUUAUAAAAUUCCCGAGCAUGAUGAUGCAUCAUUAAAUAAUAAAACAAAUAAUAAUACAAUGGGUAUUAAAUUAAUUGAUGAAAAUCAAAAUAAAAAUUUAACAAAUCAAAAUAAUAGUCAAACAACAACUGAAAUUUCAACAAGUGUUGAUUUACAUAAUUUUUCAACAUCAACUAUUGAUAAUAUAUCAAGUACAACAGAUAUAAUUUCAUCUAGCCAAGAUACAAUAAGUGAAAGUAUUUUAAAUAAUUAUGUAACAUCUGAAAAUUCAGUUAAAUUUAUAACAAAUACAACUGAAAGUGUUGAUUAUUUAAAUGCUACAACGGUAAAUGUAGAUGAUGUAAUGAUAAAUUUAAAAGAAGAUGAUGAAAAUGUUGAUGAUAAUAAUAGUAGUUAUAGUAAUAAUAAUAGUAACAAUACGACUGAUAAUUAUCAAAAUAUUUAUCAUGAUAAAUAUAGUGAUAAUGAACCAGAUGAUUCCAAAGAAAGUGAUGAAUUAUUGAUGCACAGUGAAACUGGAAUAACAGUGACAAUACCUCCAUCAAGUUUACAACUAUUUUCAACACCCACGGAGGUAGAUACUCAUACAACAGGAAGUACCAUAUCAAGUGAGGCCAGUAUCAAUGAUGAUUUUAUUCGUGAAACAACUCUAUUAAAUUUAAAUAAUAAUACAAAUAUAUUAGCAAAUAAUAAUAAUGAUAAAAAUAUUGUUGAAAAUAAUACAAAUAAUUAUGAUUAUUUUGAAAAUAAAAAUAUGUCAUUUCCUGUUGAAAUAACAUCAACAAAUAAUAAUGCGGAAGAAAAAAAAAUUAUUAAUGAAAAUUAUAAUGAUGAAAUUAAAAAAAUUAAUCAAGUUAUUGAAAUACCAAAUAAACAAAUAUUAAUUCCGUCAACAAUUGUAAGUAAUGUUAAUUCAGAAUUGUCAGAUAUUAAAAAUGAUUUUAAUACUUUUGUUAAAUUUGAAGAAUCACCAUUUGUUAAAGUAUUUGAUAAAUUAUUUCCAUCAUUAUCAUCAUCAUCAGCAGCAACAACAACAUCAACAUCGACAAAUAGACCAAAUAUUUUUCAUUUUCCAACUAGUAAAAGUGAUAAACUAAAGCUAGAAAAUAUUGAUAUAAUGGAAGCAUCAUCAACAAAUUCAGCUGAAAUAAUAAUACCAGAUAAUGAAGAAAUAAAAUCUUCAUCUGUUGAGUUGUUAAAUCAUCAUCAUCGUCAUAAAGAAACAGAUGAUAUUGAAAUAAAAUAUUUAAGUUCAACAAUUGCAAAUAAUUUUAAAGAACAAUAUGACAUUGUUAAUAAUUUUCCAUCAUCAAUAAAUGAUCGACCAUUAAAAACAUUUGAUAAUGAGAGAAAAAAAAAUAACAAUAGAAUAAAAUUUCCAGAUAAUGAAAGAACACAAAAUUCUGGUAAUCAAAUAAAAUUUCCAUCAAAAGAUGCCAACAGUAUUAGUACAUCUAAUGAUAAUAAAGAUAGAUAUAAUUAUCAUUUAAAUUCACAACAUAAUAAAUAUAAUAAUAAUGAAGAUCAAAAAAAUCAGCAACAACAACAACAAAAUUGGUUAUGGCGAGCUAAACAUGAAAAAUCAUUGAAACAAAGAUCAAGUCCAUUACAUUUUUGGUCUAGAUUACCUUUGAAUAAAACAAAUUUAAAUCAUUCAAGUCAUUCAACAGCUGGUGUUGCUGAAAGACGCAAAGGAAGAACUAAAAAUUCGCGAAGAUUUAAUUUGUAUGAAGGUAUAUCACCACAAGAUGAGACACGAGCAUUUGCCAUCACUUCAUCAUUUAAUCGUUAAAUUAUAUAAUAUUAAAAAAUAAAUAUUACAUCUCGUUGUACGAGGAGUUAUUAGACACUUGAUUUAAAAUCCUCAGUUGAUUCAUAAAAGAAACAAGAAAUUAAAGAGAUUUCGAAAUUGCAAAAAUUUCGAAAUGAAAAAUAUUUCGAAAAUAAAUCUGAGGGUUUUUGUGUGUUUUUCCUUAAUUUUUUUUUUUUUCAAUUUGUUAUUUAAAUAAAAGCCAAACGUAAAUUAAGCGCUGGUGCAGCACAAAAAAAAUUUAUACUUAAAAAAAUAACGAAAAAAAAAAAAAAAAUAGAUAGAUUGUUUAUCUA